CAUUUUAGAAUUUUUGAAAUUAACACAAGCACACAGACAAAAAUGUAAAAAUUAAACUAAAAACAACAUUUUACAAAGAACUGGAGAAAAAUUGAAGAAAUAACAUAUAGGGUUAUCAAUUAUUGAAGAAGAAGGAGACGAAAGUUGAAGAUUUGGAGCUUGAAGGAAUGUUACCCGAUGCUACUGCCGCCAGAGCUGUCGCCGCCGGCUGCCACCACCAUGGUCGGAUUCCACCACCGCGGCUUGAGGCACGGCUCUCUCCCGCCGUUGUUCCCCCUGUUCUCGAUGUUCCAGCAGGUUUCAGGAGGCGCCGCUUUUGCUGUGUUCGAUCUGAAACUCUCCCCCGCGGUCAUCUCGGCUUUCACCAGGUACAUUAUAUUACAAUGGAAGUCACUCAAGUUCUUCUCAAUGCACAGUCAAAUGAUUCAACUGUUCGGAAGCAUGCAGAAGAAACUUUGAAACAGUUUCAGGAACAAAACCUUCCUGCUUUUCUUAUUUCUCUAUCUGGCGAGCUUGCAUCUGAAGAUAAGCCAGUUGAUAGUCGUAAAUUAGCUGGGUUGGUACUUAAAAAUGCUUUGGAUGCAAAGGAACAACAUAGGAAGUAUGAGCUUAUGCAAAGAUGGCUUGCACUGGAUGUGUCUAUGAAGGCUCAGAUUAAGGCAUGCUUGUUGCAGACCCUUUCUUCACCAAUCCUGGAUGCUCGUUCAACUGCUUCCCAAGUGAUUGCAAAGGUUGCUGGCAUUGAGUUGCCACACAAGCAAUGGCCGGAGCUAAUAGGAUCAUUGUUGUCAAAUAUUCACCAAGUUUCUGCUCAUGUCAAGCAAGCUACUUUGGAAACUCUUGGGUAUUUGUGCGAGGAAGUGUCCCCCGAUGUUGUUGACCAGGACCAAGUAAAUAAAAUACUUACAGCUGUAGUUCAGGGCAUGAAUGCAACUGAAGGGAAUGAUAUUAGGCUUGUUGCCACUAAAGCCUUGUAUAAUGCAUUGGGCUUUGCCCAAGCAAAUUUCAACAAUGAUAUGGAGCGUGAUUUUAUUAUGAGAGUUGUUUGUGAGGCUACUCUGUCUCCUGAAGUGAAAAUUCGACAGGCUGCUUUUGAAUGUUUGGUGUCUAUUUCAUCAACAUACUAUGAGAAACUAGCUCCUUACAUCCAAGAUAUUUUCAACAUAACAGCAAAGGCGGUAAAGGAGGAUGAAGAGCCUGUUGCUCUUCAAGCCAUUGAGUUUUGGAGCUCAAUAUGUGACGAGGAAAUUGAUAUUUUAGAAGACUAUGGGGGUGAUUUCACUGGAGACUCUGAGGUGUCAUGUUUUUAUUUCAUUAAGCAGGCUCUCCCUGCUCUAGUUCCAAUGCUUCUAGAAACUCUUCUUAAGCAAGAAGAAGAUCAAGAUCAAGAUGAAGGUGCCUGGAACCUUGCAAUGGCUGGAGGAACUUGCCUUGGUUUGGUCGCUCGCACAGUUGGUGAUGAUAUUGUCCCACUUGUCAUGCCAUUCAUUGAAGAGAACAUUACUAAACCUGAUUGGAGGCAAAGAGAAGCUGCCACAUAUGCCUUCGGUUCCAUCUUGGAAGGUCCUUCUCCUGACAAGUUAACACCUAUUGUCAAUGUUGCUUUAAAUUUCAUGCUCACUGCUUUGACCAAAGAUCCCAACAGUCAUGUGAAAGAUACUACAGCUUGGACCUUGGGUAGAAUAUUUGAGUUCCUUCAUGGAUCAAUGGUUGAAUCACCAAUUAUUACUCAAGCAAACUGUCAGCAAAUUGUUACGGUUCUUCUUCACAGCAUGAAAGAUGCUCCAAAUGUUGCUGAGAAAGCAUGUGGUGCUCUCUAUUUCCUUGCACAGGGGUAUGAAGAUGUGGGUUCACCAUCUCCAAUAACACCGUUCUUCCAGGAAAUUGUACAGUCUCUUCUUUUAGUUACUCACCGUGAAGAUGCUGGUGAGUCUAGGUUAAGGACGGCUGCAUAUGAGACGCUGAAUGAAGUGGUGAGGUGCUCUACUGAUGAAACAGCACAGAUGGUUGUUCAACUAGUACCAGUCAUUAUGUCGGAGCUCCACCAAACUUUGGAGACACAAAAGCUUUCUUCUGAUGAAAGAGAGAAGCAGAGUGAGCUUCAAGGUCUUCUUUGUGGUUGCUUACAGGUCAUCAUUCAGAAACUCGGAGCGUCAGAGCAUACGAAAUAUGGUUUCAUGCAGUAUGCGGAUCAGAUCAUGGGUCUGUUUCUCAGGGUUUUUGCUUGCAGAAGUGCCACUGUGCAUGAAGAAGCCAUGCUUGCCAUCGGAGCUCUUGCUUAUGCUGUAGGCCCUGAUUUUGCUAAGUACAUGCCAGAAUUUUACAAGUACCUGGAAAUGGGUCUUCAGAACUUUGAGGAAUAUCAAGUUUGUUCAGUCACUGUAGGGGUAGUUGGUGAUAUAUGCAGAGCUUUGGAGGAUAAAGUUAUGCCUUAUUGUGAUGGCAUUAUGACUCUGCUGCUCAAAGAUUUGUCCAGCAACCAACUCCAUCGAUCUGUGAAGCCUCCCAUCUUUUCGUGCUUUGGAGACAUUGCCUUGGCGAUAGGAGUGGAGUUUGAGAAAUACCUUAUGUAUGCUAUGCCUAUGCUACAGAGUGCUGCUGAGCUGUCUGUACACACAUCAGGUGUUGAUGAUGAGAUGAUUGAGUAUACCAAUCUUCUGAGAAACAGUAUCUUGGAGGCGUAUUCUGGAAUCCUUCAAGGAUUUAAAAAUUCUCCCAAAACCCCUCUGCUCGCCCCUAUCGCGCCUCAUAUUCUGCAGUUUCUGGAUAGUAUUUACAUGGAGAAAGACAUGGAUGAUGCUGUGACCAAAACUGCCAUUGGGGUCCUUGGUGAUCUGGCUGAUGCACUGGGUAGUAAUGCUGGCUCUUUGAUUCAACAGUCUGCAUCAAGCAAAGACUUCUUGAACGAAUGUUUAUCCUCAGAUGACCAUUUGAUUAAGGAAUCUGCUGAGUGGGCCAAGUUGGCCAUAACUCGGGCCAUUUCAGUUUGAGGCUCCCCUGGUAUAUAAAAGUUUCCUUAUUAGGAGUCGGUCAAGUCCCUGCAUGCAUAUGGUCGUGUCGAGUCGGGUUCCAAGAUUGCAUUCACAUGUCAGGGAGCCGUUCGUCUUCCUUCAAGUUGUCACCAACUCAUACAGCAGCACUGUGGUGUCCAUUCAUUGCUUCCUGGUAUGGGAUUGAAGGUUCAUUACUGGCGGCUCCUUACAAGAUUUUAAGGUCGUCAAAUUGGGGUUUUGUGGGGUGGGGGUGGGCUGGGGUGGGUGGGAGGGGGAGGGGAGGGGUUCUUGUAUGUUGAAUGGACAAGUCAGGUUGCUGGUACAUUGGGUUAUUGCGGGUCAACUACUAGCAAGAAGUGCCGUAUGGUGCUGCUGCUGACAUUUUCUCGAAGGGAGGUGUUAAUGAACAAACAAGUCCAUAAGUUUUUCUUUUCUGGGUCUCGUCAAAUACUCGUGUUUUUUUGGGGUCUGGUCUGAUGUUUGUAUGGUCAUAGUUAGUUAGUUGCAUCCUGUUUUUCAGGUUGGAUUGCAUCUCUCAUUCAUGUCUCCCCCCCUGAUUCAUCAUCUCAGUGUCAGGGUCACAUGUUUAGUAGUUAGUGCAUUUUGGUUUUUGCAUAUUUUUUUGUUGUGUUUCAUUCUUCCCGGUUGUUCACAGCUAGCCUUCUUGUCAAGUCAAUGUCUUAAAACAUUACGCAUCCAUGGAAAUCAUGUUAUUCUUAUGCGGUUACACGCCGCCCCUCUUUUUUUAAAAAAAUCAUAUGGUUAUUAUGGAAUGUUCAAAUUUUGCCGUUGAAAAUGUACUUGGGAAAACCCAUUUACGUUCAUGAUUGCUACACAACAUUGUGAUUAAUGUAUUUGAACAUAUUUCUCUCCCUCGGACAAGUGAUUUAGU